UCUGCUCUCCGCUUUUUCUUUUCCUCUGCCUCUCCUCCCCUUGUUCUGAUCCCGGGUGCACUCCCCUCCUGGCCUCCCUCCCCAAGAAAUAUCCUGGUCUCCAGUGGUCGCAGCCCCAGCCCUUCCCACAGAGCCGCAGCCUAGUUGGUCCCGCCGGCUCGCCUCUGCCGCAGUCAUGGCUGCUGAGGGAGAGGACGAAUGCUCGCCUCUGCUGUCUGCCCCCCAUUCGGGAAAUGUCACCCCCACCGCCCCGCUGUACUUGCAAGAAAGCAGCCCCCGAGAACUUCCCCCUCCAUACACCACCAUUGCCAGUCCAGAUACCGGUGGCAUUCCAGUGAUAAACUGUCGUGUGUGCCAGUCACUCAUCAACUUGGAUGGCAAAUUUCAUCAGCAUGUGGUUAAGUGCACAGUUUGCAAUGAAGCUACACCAAUCAAAUAUCCCCCAACAGGGAAGAAAUAUGUCAGAUGCCCUUGUAAUUGUCUCCUCAUUUGUAAGGACACAUCUCAGCGAAUAGGCUGUCCAAGACCUAACUGUAGACGUAUAAUUAACCUUGGCCCAGUAAUGCUUAUUUCUGAAGAACAACCAGCUCAACCUGCAUUGCCAAUCCAGCCAGAAGGUACAAGGGUUGUGUGUGGACACUGUGGAAACACAUUCCUGGUUAAGUUUCGAUGGGGUGUUCCAUAUCUCGGAUCUCUUGUGAGGGUUAUGCUUGGAAGAUACUUUCUAGAAGUGGAUGGAACUGAGGUUCAACACUCUGGCAAAAUGCCCACACUGCAAAAAUAUUUCCUCAGUGGGUACUGCUCUUCCACAAAGACGCUGCUGUGCAUAUAUUACCAUUGGAAUGAUCUGUAUUUUCAUUGGAGUUGGAUUAACUGUUGCCACCCAAGAUUUUGCAAGGCGAUUUCAUGCAACCUAUGUUUCAUGGGCAAUUGCUUAUCUCUUAGGCUUGAUCUGCCUCAUCCGAGCUUGUUAUUGGGGAGCCAUAAGAGUGAGUUAUCCAGAACACAGUUUUGCAUAAGCUUGCUUACAAGUAAGCAAUGCAGGUGAGAGUAUCUAGCAUUUGUUGAUAACUUGCUCUGGACAUCUUUAAAUCAUUUAUCCUAAUGAAUUUCAUUCUGGUUCAUGUAUGAAGUUUUAAGACUUUGGGAGUCUUUUAUGAAUAAAAGGUCAUUGCACUGCAUCAUAUGCAAAUAAUAGUUUGUUUUGCUGCUAGGUUUUCAAGCUCCAAGUAAUAAAGUCCAUUUCCUCAUGUUUACAUGACUUAAAGAUAUUUUUGGACUUGUCAUCAAGCAUUAGAUCUAAUAUCACUUUUCAUUUUUAAAUCAAUUAUUCCAUUACUUGCUGAUCUGAGAGUAUGCCCAAGAAAUGUUUAUAAAUGUUUCUACAAUAGCUUUACAUUUAUACUUACAUUUUAAUCAAACUAUCAAAAUCACCUGCUUUAAAAUGCAAGCAAUAUGUAUUUUGCUUGAACUGCUUAUUAUAACUUUAACGUAAAAUUAUAGUGACCUUACUUGGGAAAAAAAUUUGACUGUACCUUUGGAGACUUGACAUUGACAUUCAUGUCAGUUAAAAAACAUUUUUAGAUAUUGUAUGCUUGUUUUUGUUGUUUGUAGAAAGAUAUACUAUUUUGGUAGUAAUUUAAAAUACAAGAAGGAAAAUAUUUAUUUGUCCACAGUUGAAGAUGCUGGAUAAUUUUUGUUUUGCAAAGAUCACAGCACUUUUGUCUUUUAUUUUUUCUGUUGUUCUAUUUACCAAUUAUAAAAGUUCUGGUCUAGACUUAUGAAUUUAAUGUUAAUCAGCUGUAUGCUUUUCUUUAUAGAGCCUAGAGGAAUUAUUUUACACAACAUGUUUUAUAGUAUGUAACCAUUUAAACAAAGAUAUAUUUACAUUUGGAUUGACCGCCUCUUUAUUAAAUCAUAGUAAAUUUUUCUUAUUGAGAUAAUUGUGGACUGCUUGUAUGUGAAGGGAGCCUGUGAAAUUUUACACUAGCUGAAAUGUUGAGAUUAGAGAUAGUCAUUACUCUUAUGAUUCUUCUCAAAUAUAACUGGUCAGAUAAUUACAAAUUUAUUCAUGAAAAUAGAUUAAAGGCCAAAAUCAACAGUUUUCAAAGACUUCAGUAAGAUUUAAGGAAUCAGAUCUUAUACUGCCUAUCUUUGCAGUUUUGAGAAAUUGCUCCGUUGAAAAACUAUGUUCUAAAACUCUUAAUGUAGAAUUAAAAAAUGAGAUGAUCUAAGUACAUUAAUUGGCUAUUCCAGGGGUAACAACAGUAUUUCAAUUUAUUUAUGUUCCUGAUUUGUAUAAAAAUGUAAUCGCAGAGUUUGCAGCAAAAUACAUGUAAACUUUGAAGAGUGAAUAAUAACCAAUGGUGAGUAAGUAAGGUAACUCAGGAUUUUAUGUACCUUUGAAAAUACACUAAUAAAGCUUAUUGUUCAAAACUCACCUUGUUAUACUCCA